AUGGCAAUUAUUAUGAACGAAGUAGAGACACUAUACCACCCAAUAUACGAACCAAUAUCCCAUCACCAUCAGCAGCAGAACCAGCAUCACCACCACCAUCAUCAAGAUCAUCAUGAUCAUCAUAAACUGCAACACCCAGCAAAUUCCCAACACACAAAAUACGCACAGCCCACCACUUGUAACUUUUAUGCAUUGAAAUAUACAAAUGAGAAGAUACUGCAUCUGCUAGCAGCAAGAAGAAAAAGAACAAGAACCUCAACACAUCUACCAACACUAUCACCACAGUCGCCACGGUCGCCAAAGUAUCGAGAAAAACACUUUUUCGAAAAGCAAAAUGUAUCGCCAAAAUUGCAAUUUAAAAAAUCAUUCACACUACUGAAUAGAAAAGAUUCACCUUCAAUCGACCACCCUCUAAAUACAAACACUAAUACAACGCAAUUUAGCACGUUUGAUGACAUUCAAGAGGUUGAUGAAGACGAAAUUGAUAGAUUGGAUGACUCGUUAGAGAGUCUAGAAACUGACCGAGAUGACGAAGAUGAAGACGAAGACGAAGACGAGGAUGGGGAUCAGGAUAACCAUUCAUUUAGCUCGCGGCUGUCAGUAUCAUGCCAAUCUAGUCAUUUUAAAGAAUGCUUACCACCAUUUUCGUACCAUUCAUUUCGAAAUUCUCACUUUACGUAUGUUUCGAAUCGAUCUUCUGUGAUUAGCAUACCAACCACGAGAUCAUUAUCCAUUUCAUCCUCUUGUUCUUUAUUGAAUUAUGGGUUGAAAACAGCAUCGGAUGUGCCUACAAAUAGUAAGUCAUCUCCUGUUGAUUCAAUAAUAUCUCCACCAUCUAGUCCAAGCUCACCUCAAACGGCAUGCACGUCUAUAAGUACUGAACAUCACCAACAGCAUCGUGUUGGUAAAACACUUUACAGGUCAACUUCAACAGAUUGCUUGUACCAACUAUUGCGAAGUUCCAAAGAAAAAGAAAAAGAAAAAGAAAAAGAAAAAGAAAAAGAAAAUAAAAAAGACAAAGAAAUGAAGAAGGAAACAGAAGUGGGUAUGCAACGAAACAACGGCUCUAUUUACUCCAACCUCACAAGCUCACUAAAGACAUGGAAAAACAAACUUUCCAAUAUUUCGGGACCAAAUUUAGUCAACCUUGUGAAUAGCUCUACAGAUGAUUCACUCGCUUGUUCCACGACACUGAAUAUAUCUAUGCAGCCUUCUGAACCAAGCACGGAAACUGAAGAAUCUUUCUCGAUUGAGCAAGGAUACCCACCACAAGAGCUAAUUACAUUUUUUGAAGAUAGAAUGCCCACUCCAAACGAUAGUACUGGUGCUAGCUCGAACCCUGAUUCCAGUACAAGUACUGGUAUAAGCUCUAGUGACAGUUCUAGUGUUGCCAAUGAUAAAUUUAGUACAAGGCCACCAUUCAAGAAUAGAGACUCGCGGAUCAACCCACAUUUCCUUCGUCUUUAUGCUUACGAUUACAAUGCACGUGUCAAUUCACAUACAUUACCAAAUUCACUAACUCAGGAUGACCUCAUUCGAAUUGUUUCCAAAAAACCUGAUUUAAAGUCAUUCCACUAUCAAUAUAACUUGUAUCGCGUGAGCAAUAUGUCGAGGGAGAAGUUAUGGAACAACGUGGUGUUGAAACCAAGAAAAGAUGGUGUUCCUUUUGAGUACAUUGAUUGUGAACAUUUCGAGCCUGAAGUUGAAGAAUUUGAAACAAAUGAGAUAUUACACCAACAUCAGGCAGCUGGUAGUUCAGUAAUUGAGUUUGGUAGAAAUUGUGACAAUUAUGUCUCAAUAACGAGAAAGGAGGGAAAGUAUUUACCAUGGGAUUUGAAACCCAGUAUUAAACCUGCAGGGGUGUUACCCAAUGGCAAAUGGACAUACAAUGGACCAGCGCCAAAUUCAGGAGUUACACGGACACAAUUUACAGUUAGAGGAUGGUGUGAUUCUAGAUGGAGAGAUUGCUCUAAAGAUUGA